AUGGCUGCCGGUGCCGCUGCCGGUGCCGCCAUGGCGAAUAACAGUCGGAAAGGCCGCCCCGGUGGCGGUGGAUAUGACUUCCUAACGCCAGAGGGGCAAAUUCAAGGAUAUAUGAGAAGCCACUUUGCGCGGGCGCCUAGCGCCAAGUUCUACAUCAUGAUCCCUAACACCUGGGAAGAAAUUCCCGAUUGCUUCGCCUACGCAGCUAGAGUACAAGAUCGGACUUUUUCCCCAGGUAACUGGGACGUUCUGGACGAACUAUAUGGGCAGCUAGGUUACUACGCUACGUCUGACAACACCGAUAUGAACGGCGAUAUUCAGGUCUAUGGCAUACCAUCGAGCAAGCGCCCUUCGCACGCACACCGCAUCAUAGACGCAGCCUCCAAGUUAUGCGAAUCCAAGAUGGAAGGGAUCAUGGCCAUUAAACACCACCAAGACCUCCUCCAGUGCACAAUGCCCGGCUCCUCCUCUAUGUGGUUGGGCACCACCGUGGCCCGCUAUCGAUACGACGCCGCAAGGCACAAGCAAUAUCUUGAUGAAGAGGUCACAACAAGCACCGGCCGCAGAUUGACCCGCAGACAAGCCAAACUCACCCGGUCAGGCCGGCCGAUUGCCCUGAUCAACGCGGGCGUGGACCAUGAGGGCAACCCCAAAAAGAAGAGAGGUGUGCGGCGUGGCAACCGAAAGGUCAAGCCGACCCCGUCUUUCACCGUGUCAGGCUCGCCGCAGUACGAGGGGACGCUGAAACGGAUGGUUAUGAUGUUUGGGGGUAAGGAGACCCCUCUGAAACCGGGCCCGCAGGCGGCCGCUUCUGGGUCCCAAGCUGCCGGUGGUGCCGGACCCCGAGCUACCUCGACUGUCAAUACCGGUACCGGACCUCGUGUUGCUCCGCCUGUCAACGGCAGGCCUCAAGCUACUUUGACUAACCGACCUCGGGUCACUCCCACUGCCCAAGUCCCUCGCGCCCAACAGGGGGCUGGACCCGAAAAGUGA